AUGGCACUACCGUAUCACGUCUACAGGGACAAGACACUACCGUAUCACGUCUACAGGGACAAGGCACUACCGUAUCACGUCUACAGGGACAAGGCCGUACCGUAUCACGUCUACAGGGACAAGGCAGUACCGUAUCACGUCUACGGGGACACGGCACUACCGUAUCACGUGUACAGGGACAAGGCAGUACCGUAUCACGUCUACAGGGACACGGCACUACCGUAUCACGUCUACAGGGACAAGGCCGUACCGUAUCACGUGUACAGUGACACGGCACUACCGUACCACGUCUACAGUGACACGGCACUACCGUACAUGUACCACGUAUACAGGGACAAGACAGUACCGUAUCACGUCUAUUGGGACAAGACAGUUCCGUACCACGAUUACAGGGACAAGACAGUACUGUAUCACGUCUACAGGGACACGGCAGUACCGUAUCACGUAUACAGGGACAAUACAGCACCGUACCACGUCUACAGGGACACGGUAGUACCGUAUCACGUCUACCGGGACAAGGAAGUACCGUACCACGUCUACAGGAACACGGCAGUACCGUAUCACGUCUACAGGGACAAGGCAGUACCGUAUCACGUAUACAGGGACAAGGCAGCACCGCACCACAUCUACAGGGACAAGACAGCACCGUAA